CAGCUGAUGUCUGUAAAUACCUUUGGUUGCCAGGAAGUGCGCGAGUAUGUGUCCAAGCAGGAAAGCGAAGGGACUUUAAAUGAUUCCGCUGAGUUAAGAGUCAUAACGGAACCAGUUUAUUGCUGGCGAGACUCCCUACAUAGUACGAUCCUCGGGAUAGGUUUUUGUUCGACAAUUUGUCUUUUCUUUUUGAUUGUUCGUUUAAGCCAUUGGCGAAGCUGGCUAACUAACGUUAGCUAAGCUAGCUAUUGCGACAAAGCGGCCUGGAACUGAAGCCAAACAGAAAUAGCGGAUAUUUUUUAAUAUCGUGUCCUAUUUAGAAGGCAGGGGAAGAUAACGUUUCAACUUUUUUGAUAAUUUCACUUUACCUGACUUAUUGGCGGCUUAGAGACACCAGCUGGCUGACUGGCUCGCUAGCGUUACCUGGCUACUUUAUUUGAAGAGGAGACAUGUUGUGGAAUUAUUAGUUAGCUAACUAGCUAUGUGACAAGUAGCUGGCUAGCUAGCUAGCUGGCCCUCUGAAACUGGAAAGGGUUUUCCUGCCGACGAUAAGCCAUGUCGAUACGAUAGUGUAUAAGUUAACGUUAGUUAGCUAUCAGCUAGCUAGCGCGAGUUUGGUUCAGUCACCCCUAGCUAAUACUAUACGAAACAAGCUAUGCAACAGCAAGCUAAGUUAGCAAAGUUACUUUAGCUAGUAAGCCAACUUAGAAGUUAGCCAGCUAAGCUAACGUCUGUGAACUCUUGUUUCCAAAAACAGCGAGCUUGCAAGUGAACGAACUUUAAAUUGAUCAAACGUCAUUUUUGUUAAGAAGCCACUGUUUGUCAGUAGUGUAACGUACAGUCGAGGUCUGUUUAGCAAAGACUUGGAAAUGGAGGAUCGAGGAAGAAGUCAGCCGUGGGGAAAGCUAGUGAAAGUUGACACUGGUUCUGAAUCAGAAAUUUUGCUUGUCAACAGAGAAUGCACAGUUGGAAGAAGGAAAGGUUGUGACCUCUCCUUUCCUGCUAACAAGCUGGUCUCAGGUGAUCACUGCAAGAUAGUGCAGUGUGAGAACUCAGGGGAGGUGUGGCUUGAGGAUAUGAGCACCAACGGCACCGUGAUCAACAUGUCGAAGCUCGUCAAAAAGCAGAUGCACCCCCUGCGGAGCGGUGAUGUCAUCUACUUCGUUUACAGGAAGAACGAGCCCGAGCAAAACAUUGCUUAUGUUUAUCAGGCUAUUCCACCAGAGCCGGCAAGUUUACAAACUACUACUGGAGUGGCGAGCGGCGAGGGGACAGGAGGAGGCGCUGACGCACAGGAGAUCCCCGGGGGCAAGCCGGACCCCCCCCACGCCGUGCCCCCCGCCCCCACGCGGCCCCACCCCGCAGCGGCGCCUGUCCCAGAGGAGCCGCAGCCUUCUACCUCCAGCUCGCACCUGUACAGCGCCUCGGCCCCCCCGGCCGGCCCCCCCGCACCGGGCCCCCCCGCCGCGGCCUCCGCUUCAGGGUGCGGCGGCCCCAGCCGCGCCGAGUCAUCCCUCCCUACCCACAAUGCAUCUGACGGGGAGCCGGCGGAACCCGGGCCCAAGCCCCUCGAACCCGAGGCAGAGAGCCACGCCCCGCUUAAUACGAAGAAGGACGAGAACCAGGAGCCCGAGAGGAAGAGGAGAAAGACUGGCACUGAUAAGGACUAUGACUUUGGGCUUCCAGAUCCUGGGUUCAGUGAAGCUGAGAGCCCCCCUAAGGCGCCUCUGGGGGCCGUCGCGGGGAAGAGCGCGACGGAGGGCGCCAAAACCGACAAGAUGGAGGAAUCCCUCACCUGCAUCAUCUGCCAGGAUCUCCUGCACGACUGCGUCAGCCUCCAGCCCUGCAUGCACACGUUCUGCGCUGCCUGUUACUCUGGCUGGAUGGAGCGCUCCUCUCUCUGCCCCACCUGCCGCUGCCCUGUGGAGAGGAUCCGCAAGAACCACAUCCUCAACAACCUGGUGGAGGCCUACCUGCUGCAGCACCCAGAAAAGUGUCGCAGCGAAGAGGACAGGAAGAGCAUGGACAAGCGCAACAAGAUCACUCAGGACAUGCUGCAGCCAAAGAUCGAGCGCUCCUUCUCCGACGAGGAGGGCAGCUCCGAUUACCUCUUCGAGCUCUCCGACAACGACAGCGACACCUCCGACAUCAGUCAGCCCUUUGUGAUGUGCAGACAGUGCCCGGGCUACAGGAAGGACCCCAGCCAGGCGCCCCCCUGCGCGUCAUCGCCCCCCCUCGAGGAAGGGGGCGUGAAGCCCGCGGGGGAGGUCCCCUCCACGUCCUCCAACGUCCCCGCAGCUCUCCAGGAGUACACCUGCUCGCCACAAGGGGGCCACGUCAUCUGCACCUGCUGCCUGCAGCCCAUGCCCGACCGACGGGGCGAGCUGAUUGGCCAGCAGUUCUCCGCACAGCAGUGUACGGUGUGCCAGCGGCCGUUCUGUCACAUGUACUGGGGGUGCCAGCGAAUCGGCUGUCAGGGAUGCCUCGCUCGCUUCAGCGAGCUCAACCUCACAGAGAAAUGUCUCGACGGCGCUCUCAACAGCAAUAACUACGAGUCCGACAUUCUCCGGAAUUACCUGGCUUCCAGAGGAAUGACGUGGAAGGAGAUGCUUCAUGAAGGCCUCCUGGCGCUGCAGCAGGGGACGUUUUACCUGUCAGACUAUCGCAUCACUGCUAACGCCGUUCUGUGCUACUGCUGCGGCCUGCGCGCGUUUAAGGAGCUGGCCUACAAAUACAGGCAGAACAUCCCCCCCUCCGAGCUUCCAGCUGCUGUGACCUCACGCCCGGACUGUUACUGGGGACGGAACUGUCGCACCCAAGUGAAGGCGCACCACGCCAUGAAGUUCAACCACAUCUGUGAACAGACGCGGUUCAAGAACUGAAGGGCCCUCUUCUGGGGUCCUCUGGAGCUGAUGAAUGGAUUCAUUCAUUCCUGAAGCGAGAGAGAGAGAAAGGGGAGAGAGAGGAGAUGAGGCCAGUUUGUCUUUCUCCUGUUUCGCCCACCUUUUCAGGCGAAAGUGAUCUCAUGGCGUACUUGCUGUCGAGCAAAACCUUGUCUGUGGACAAGCGGAAAAGUAACUUUAAAAAAGCUUAGAGUAUCGAGUCUUCCCACAGGCUGAAAGUAUAUUAGUCAUUUUUUUUUUUUUUUUAAUUAAGCACAUCGUGAAGUUGUCUGUCACACAUUCGUUUGGACCGGGGGGGAAAUAAGGAAAAUAAAAAAAAGAAUGUUCAGUUGGGACAGGAACAGCCUGAUUUUUUUUUGAUUGCGGACCUGUAGGGGACGGCGGGUGUCAGAGAUGCUUCCUGUAAGGCGGACGCCGCACCGUACCGGCGAGUCCCCAAAACGCGCGGAACCCGCGUCGAUUCGUCUGCGUUCGUUUUGUUUUGUUUUGUCAGUGUUUUUCCUCACGGAGGAUCCCCCCCCUCCUUUAAACGCGAGCGGUUUUCGGCGUCGUCUGUCGGGUCUCGUUCCGCGAAGACGGUCACAUUCUCACGGGCGGUGAUGUGAAGAUGGAGUCUGUGUAGCUUGUGCAUCAGUAGAUAUCAGGUCUGGGUCGCUCAUUUUCGUUUGUUUUGUUUGUUUUU